CCCUGUGUUUAGUUUUUGCUUCAAUGACGCAAACAAAUUUUUAUUAGAAAAUUUUUUAGAAAUAUUUUUUCCUUUCCUCUACAAUGGAAUCAAAUGACAAGUCAGAUGAGGAUAAAGCUGCAGAUGCACGUGAAGCUAGAAGAAGAAGAAUCCUUGAAAAUAGUAAUAAAAGACUGGGAAAGAUUACUGGCCGCGAGCAUAAUGAAGAAAUAACAGUGGCAGAGCCUAUUAUGAAUGGGGUUUAUCCAGAUCCAGAAAUGGAACGUGAUGUGUAUGAAGCACCUAUGUUAGUUGCCGGAAUUGAUCCUGAUCAAGAUAUUUUCGAGAUGCUAAAGACAAUGCAAGGCGGUGGAAAUCCACAAUUUUCUCGAGCAUCUCAGCAACAACAUCCAUCUCCUGUUCCAGAAACAUUCUUAUCAAAAUUCAUACGAUCAAAAUUUCCUAUCGUAUUAAUAUCUUUAGCUGUUUACAUGAUAUUCACAUUCAACAUGGAAUUCUUAGUCGGUGGUGCUGUUUUCAGUUCUUUAAUUAUAUGGGAAAUCUUUGAAUUCAUCAUGACAACAUUUAUAAUAAAACAGCCUACUCAACCAACUGGCAUAAUAAGCAUUCUAUUUGCUUUUGGAGGCAUCAAUCAAGAGAAAGCGGAAAUAAUUAUGAAACUUCUCGGUCUAUUCAACAAAAUUCUUCGUGAUGUUGCAAUUUUCUUAUUCACAUUUGUGAUGAUUCAUUUAGCUUGGAGCUUCUUUGUAGCAGGCGAAAAUCUUACUGAGAUUCUAGACAAAGAUUUUAGCAAUUUAUUAAGAAAUGAUGAGUUAUAAUUGAAAGAAAGUUUCUAAUCCUGAACCUGAACGCAACUCGCGCUUUUUUUGCUAAAUAUAUUUUAUUCAAAUCUUUUAAAGUUGUCCACCUUUAGAAGCCUUGUCUGAACAUUCAUUAAAACACUCGCGCCAUGACUCAUAGCUGCACAUGUUUUCGAACAAUCCAAUCCAAAUCAGUUUUAAUGCUGUCACAAAGAAAAAAAAAUAAAAUAAAUUAUAAAUAAAAGUUUUUUCACAACCUAA